AUGCUCACUAUCGUCACAAAAUCCCUUGGCGCCUGCCCCGCUGCAGCGCUACUCGUCCGCAAAGGAUUCUGCGCCGAAGGUCUCUCACUCUAUGGCCUGGUAGGACGCCUGCCUCACUGCGUGGUGGCGUUACUCCCGCCGCCGAUCGCCGCACCCCGCGACCUCCUCCACGCCCCACUGGGGGGGCUCGCUUGGCAGAAUUGGGCGCCAUUUCGGGGGCUGCGGCGGCGCCGGGCCGCCUCUCGCUCCCUCCGGCGUUACGUUGCAAAACCGCCGCGGCGCGAGGCGCACGACGCCAUCCCGGGGGGAACGCCGACAUAA